GGCGCGUGCCAGCGCGUGCAGGCCUGUGUUUGGCGCGUGCCGGCUUGUGUUGGCGCCUGCCGGCCUGCCGCGAUCUUUCGUCUCUGAGCGGCACGGCCCUGUUGGUUCGUUUAGGAGCUAGUUUGCUGUGUCGGUUUGUGUUGGCGCCUGUGGGCCAGUGUUAGCGCAUGUAACACGUAUGUUGGCGCGUGUUGCCGCGUGUCGGCCCGUGUUGCUGCGUGUCAGCGCAUGUUGCCGCAUGUCGGUGCGUGCCUGCUGGGCCUCCACGCUCCUCUAGGCUCCAGAACCCUUUUUCUGAGCCGUAGGCCCUUAGCUGGGGCGGAGCCUUGGCGAACCCCAGCGAGCCGCGGGGCCGAGCGCUGUCCAUGAGGAGCGCUGUCCACGCGCUGGGUGCUGCCGGGUUCGGGAGCUGUCCGCUGGCCCCGGUAGCGCGCACGCAGCGACCCCGUGUGGCGAAGUCUGUGCUAGCCGGCUCUCCAGGUACGCAGGACAAAGUGGGGCAGUCAACGUCCAAACCCGAAAACCUAGCUAAGUCUGGGUUUUCGCCACAACAAAGAAGCCAACCAGAGCAUGGUCUUGGGCUUCAAGUACUAAUGAACAACGAUAUUAACUCGUCCGUGGAAAGCCUUAACUCAGCUUGCAACAUGCAGUCUGAUACUGAUACUGCGCCACUUCUUGAGGAUGGCCAGCAUGCCAGCAACCAGGGAGCAGCAUCUAGCUCCCGGGGACAGCCACAGGCGUCCCCGAGGCAGAAAAUGCAACGCUCGCAGCCUGUGCACAUUCUCAGGCGCCUUCAGGAGGAAGACCAGCAGUUAAGAACUGCAUCUCUUCCGGCCAUCCCCAACCCAUUUCCGGAGCUUACUGGUGCGGCCCCUGGGAGCCCUCCUUCGGUUGCUCCUAGCUCCUUACCUCCUCCGCCGAGCCAGCCUCCUGCCAAGCAUUUCCCUCCAGGCUUUCAGCUGGCGAAACUCACCCGUCCAGGUCUGUGGACAAAGACCACUGCGAGAUUUUCAAAGAAACAACCUAAGAACCAGUGUCCAACCGACACUGUGAAUCCAGUGGCACGGAUGCCCACUUCACAGAUGGAGAAGCUGAGGCUCAGAAAGGAUGUCAAAGUCUUUAGUGAAGAUGGGACCAGCAAAGUGGUGGAGAUUCUAACCGACAUGACAGCCAGGGACCUGUGCCAGCUGCUGGUUUACAAAAGUCACUGUGUGGAUGACAACAGCUGGACUCUGGUGGAGCACCACCCACAACUGGGAUUAGAGAGGUGCCUGGAGGACCAUGAGAUUGUGGUCCAAGUGGAGAGCACCAUGCCAAGUGAGAGCAAAUUCUUAUUCAGAAAGAAUUAUGCGAAGUACGAGUUCUUUAAGAAUCCAGUGAACUUCUUCCCGGAUCAGAUGGUCAAUUGGUGCCAGCAGGCCAACGGUGGCCAGGCGCAGCUUCUGCAGAAUUUUCUGAACACCAGCAGCUGCCCUGAGAUCCAGGGGUUCUUGCAGGUGAAAGAGGUAGGACGCAAGUCUUGGAAGAAGCUGUAUGUGUGCCUGCGCAGAUCUGGCCUCUAUUACUCCACCAAGGGGACUUCAAAAGAACCCAGACACCUGCAGCUGCUGGCUGACCUGGAAGAAAGCAGCAUCUUCUACCUGAUUGCUGGAAAGAAGCAGUACAACGCGCCCAAUGAACAUGGGAUGUGCAUCAAGCCAAAUAAAGCGAAGACCGAGAUGAAGGAGCUUCGUCUGCUCUGUGCCGAAGAUGAGCAGAUCCGUACUUGCUGGAUGACUGCCUUCAGACUGCUCAAGUAUGGAAUGCUCCUGUACCAAAACUAUCGCAUCCCACAGAGGAAGGGUCUGCCCCCUCCUUUCAAUGCACCUAUGCGCAGUGUUUCUGAGAAUUCUCUUGUGGCCAUGGAUUUUUCUGGACAAAUCGGAAGAGUGAUCGAUAACCCGGCUGAAGCCCAGAGUGCUGCCCUGGAAGAGGGCCAUGCCUGGCGUAAGCGGAGCACACGGAUGAAUAUCCUAAGCAGCCAAAGCCCACUUCAUCCUUCUACUCUGAAUGCAGUGAUUCACAGGACUCAGCAUUGGUUCCAUGGACGUAUCUCCCGUGAGGAGUCUCACAGGAUCAUCAAGCAACAAGGUCUCGUGGACGGGCUGUUCCUCCUUCGUGACAGCCAGAGUAAUCCAAAGGCGUUCGUACUGACACUGUGCCAUCACCAGAAGAUUAAAAACUUCCAGAUCUUACCUUGCGAGGAUGAUGGGCAGACCUUCUUCACUCUGGAUGAUGGGAACACCAAGUUCUCCGAUCUGAUCCAGCUGGUCGACUUCUACCAGCUCAACAAAGGUGUUCUGCCCUGCAAGCUGAAACACCACUGCAUCCGCGUGGCCUUAUGACCUCCUUGCCCACUCACAGAGGCUGGAGGCAGCAACACUGGAACGGAGAAGAGAGAAUCUGCAUGAGGGUGAGAACACACACCUACUCCCACCCAAGGACUCAGAACAACAUGGCUUUUUGAUCGGUACCAACCGACCUACAUCAAUUAGUUAUUGGACUUCACAAAGAUUUGCCGCUGUGGAUCAAACAGGACCACCUCCCUCUGCGUCAGCCAUUUAAAAUUGGGGGAGGGAAGAGAUCCAGUGCAAGUGUGGGGAGAAACUGGAAUGACAACUUUGAUUAGGCCACAUAGGGUGAAAACCGCAGAAAGAUGAUUGGAAAUGAACUCUUGCCCUGGAAUAACCUUGACAAUUCAAACCGCGAUGUUUACUUUUUGUAUUGAUCACUUUUUUGCACUCCUUCUUCGUUGUCGAUGUUGUACUCAGCCUAUGGUAGGAGAGGAUGUGGCUUUGCAACUCAGAUCAGACAAAGAAUUUUUGAAUUGGCAGGCUUUAGCCUACAAAUGGGUCCCCAAAGUUUUCUAGAUAACAUCCUGCUCUCUGCAGGUUGCGGCAGUGUGGAUUUGGCUCCAGUCCUUCCCAUUAUACUUGAAAAGCUUUUUUUUUUUAAAAAAUAAAAUAAUAAGAUAAAAGUGUCAACCGCAGUUGACACCUAGCAUGUUUUGUGGACGCAGUCAAGCUGCCACAGUCUGGUCAUCGUUGUUGUUGUGCUGACGUCUGGUCAUGUAUUAUUAGUGUGUCUCGUUCUCCACAGUGCCGGAGACCUCAUUACUUUAGAAAACUCACUGUUCCCCAGCACAGCACAGCUGCAUGACCUCAGCUUCAGACUGAUGUCAGCCAGCCUUCUUGGAACACAUUGGUAUUCAUUGUGGAUGCCACACAGUCCAUCUGGGGUGCCCUGUGCCUCCCAUUUUCACAGCCGCCCACUGUUGUAGAAUAAUCGCUGCCUUUACCCUCUGCAGUAGCCUCAGUCAUUUCAGUUCACCCACAGGGGUGGGGUGGGGGUGGGGUUAAAGGAUCGAAAGAGGAAAACGCCAACUUGUUGGCCUUGUGCUCUGUCACUCUGAGCAUCUAUGGUGAUAAAGAGAAGGAAACACUGCAGAGGCACAAGCAUAAGCUGGCUUUGAGUCUUUGAAAGCUUGAUGACCUCUGCACCCUACUGAAAACCCCCUAAGCCAGCAGGAGCAGGGUAUGCAGAGGCUUUGCCUCUGCUGGCUUAGGGUGAGAAGUACCUCACAGUGGAUGUGAACAUUGGACAGAUUUUAGGAGCAUGAUGUUUGCCUCCUCCGAGAGAGAGGAGUCAGAGAGAGAGGAGUCAGAAGGUGGCCGGAGUUAUCAUUGGGUCCCCUGAGCUCCAUGAAGGACCCUCUGUUGUCCUCUUGAUGAUUUAUCAGGCAUGAGAGUAGCAGACAGGACUGCCUUGAGAAACACACAGACAACGGUGGUGAACACAUUUCCCUUUCUUGAUACCACCCAGAAAGUCUGCUACAUACCUGAGUUAGCCACUAGAUUGCCUGUCCCGACUCAUUGAAGUGCUCCCCAGGGAUCCACUUCUGAUUCGCCACGGUUGACGGCAUAGUGGAAGAUAGAUAUGACAGCGCUUUGUAAAGCAGGCCAGUGGCAAGCUGGCCCACCGUAGAGAAACACUGUAGUUCACAGACCACGCAACCGUGUUUCCACGAGAUGUUAUUACAACAAAUGAAGAAUUUUUUUCCUUUUUUUUCAUUUUAAUCUUUUUUGACUUUUUUUUAGUUAACCAUUUUUUAUGCAUAAGUGCUCAAAUGCAUUUCUCUUUCUUUCGAAACUAGUUAAUCAUUAAGUUGACAAUGAGAGAAUUCUCAAGUUCAUACCUGGCAGCAGGCUCCCACUGAUCUUCCCCUUACAGACAGAUAACAGACAUUUCAGUUUUACCGUGCUAAUUUCUCUUUGCUGACUUAAGGUCAGAACUUUUACAGACAACAAACAACCCUAGGGUUUCUUUUUCCAGUUUACACAGAGCAGUCCCACAAUGCAGAAUCCAUUUCUCUUUUGCCUCAACAGUAGACAGCUAGGAUGUGUAGCUCAUAUUUAUAAGUAUGCAUUUUAUUUAAGAGGAAGUACAGGCUUGACUCUGGUUCACAAUUUUAUACGUAGCUGGUUUGACGUAGAAUUUUGUACUUCCCUUGCCAAAGUGAAUUGUUGAAGGCUGCAACCCAUCCACCUUGAGUGUAGCAGACUUCAGUGGCCCCGAGAUCGCCAGCCCUUUGCACAGGCAGCUGGGAAUUCCACCUGAAACAGCUGGUCCCUAGGUUAGCGGGUUCCCAGCCCCCCUAAUCAGAGACUGAAGGACAAUUGACUUUUAUUUUUGUAUUUAAUUGACAUGAAUGUAAAGGGGACAGCUCAGGGUUGUUUUGGAGCCUGUUUGACUUUGUAAUCUCUGCCUGUGAUUUUCUUUUCUAAAUGACAACUCCGUGUAACCACCUGGACUAUGUUGAGAAGGAAAAUGCCAAAUGCUUUGGGUUUUUAGUGUUUUAAUAGGUAGACUCUGUUAUAUUAUUAGGUGUUAAGAGUUUUCGAACGUGUUUUCUUUUUUCUUUUUUUGUUUGCUUAAACUUUGAAGAAAUAUGUGCCUCAGCUUAGAUGUUUUGUCUUCCCCUUUCUGCACUUAAAUACCUGACAGCCUGUUCGAUCGCUGUGCCUCCGAGGGCGCUUCUAGCUCAUCGUAGAUUUGUGAUGUCAUAGUGCAAACUGCAGUGACCGGUAAAAUGACCUGACAUGUAACCGUUUUCAGGGAAUGCAGAGGGUGUUAAUUAAUAGACAAAACCUUUAUCCCGCGUGCUUUGCUUCACCUUGUGCUAUAUAGCUCUUUGGCUCGUGAACCUAAUUGUAAACUUUCAGGUAUUUUUGUACAAAUAAGGGACUGAUGUUCUGUUUCUUGUUAUUAGAAAUAAACAUUAAUAAAGCGUU